AUUAUUUUAUUUACAAAUACCGCUCCUAAGACAUUAUAGAAUACACGUUUGCAAUGGAUGUCGAUGAAGAAAUGUACGAACCAGAUUCGAUGGAUUCAAAAGAAACGGAAAGCUCCGAGGAGCCUUCCACCAGCUCGGGCUGCGCAAAAAAACGUUUUGAGAUCAAAAAGUGGAAUGCCGUAGCUCUUUGGGCCUGGGACAUUGUGGUAGAUAAUUGUGCCAUCUGCCGCAAUCACAUCAUGGACCUCUGCAUCGAGUGCCAGGCCAGUCAGAGUGUCGUCACAACUGAGGAGUGCACUGUGGCUUGGGGAAUAUGCAAUCAUGCCUUCCACUAUCAUUGCAUUUCUCGCUGGCUAAAGACCCGCGACGUCUGUCCGCUCGACAAUCGUGAGUGGGAGUACCAGAAGUAUGGACGUUAAAUCAAAUAAAUUAUAUCUCCAGGCCACAAAAUCCGAAUACAUAAGCAUAUGUGCAUAUAUUUAUACAAUUAUACCAUAUAACCGCA